AUGGCAAUUGAAAACUAUUUCCAACUAACUGUUUAUUUGGUAACUAAAUAUGUUGAAUCAAUUUACCCCAGUUCACAAGAAUUCAAGUUAAUUGAAACUACCAAAGAACCAAAAUUAAAUCAGUCAGAAAUAUAUUAUAAAGAUGAGAAGUUUCUUAUUGUUAGUAUUACUGAAAUAAGUAAUGUUCAAUCAUUGAUAAAUUUAUUAAAUCUUGAUGGUAGAUUAGAUAAUGCAUUGAUUAAUUGGGAAUGGUUUGAUUUGGACGAAAUUAAAUUGCACUAUGUGCAUAUGACGAUCAAUUUCAUAGAAGGUAUAUUGAUAUGA